AUGGCUCUGAUGAAGAUUCAGGAAGAAGAUAAAAAUAAUUGGUUCAUACAAAGUGGUCGGCAAAUGAAAUCGACUAUGCGCGUUCAAGUACCUGAGGAAAAAACUCAAGUUGUUAAAUCAAUUGAUAGCAAUGCAGUUUUUGUCAGAAAUCAAAACAAUAUUGAUUGCGCACUGACAAGAAAACAAAAAAAUAUGUUGAAAAAGAUUAACAGCUAUAAAGCUUCCAUAUUGCUUCAUCCUUCAUUAAUUUUUAUCAAAAGUAGUCUGUAUGCGAAUAGCUCUUUAAAAAAGACUAGUUCCAUCCUAGAAACAAGCUUCUUAAAAUCACUCGUCAGCGAUGGAUAUCUUAUUGCAAUACCUGGUGGCCUUGUUUGCCGCAAAAUUAAAGCCACUGUAUAUGCCAAGAUGAUACUUUUAUCCGAUAAUGAAUCAAAAGAAGCAUUCAGUGCUCGUUUAGCAAGCUUUCACGAUGAAAGACUCACAUUAAAUAGUUAUUUGACUUCGUGUAGUAGUAAUUCCUUGGAUAGUGCUGGUUUAAUUGAUCCAGAUGUGAUUGAAAUACUUCAACUGGAACGUUAUCAGUCUUUAAAAAUCGAUUUUUCGUCUAUUACCCAACGAGCUGUUGAUGUAACUAAUCAUAACGACCUUAGUCGUACCUGUUCUACAUCAACACAAGAAAAUGUGUCCAUUGAUAGUGAAAUCAAUUUUCUAAGUAAUGAAGAUGAUAGCUUGAUCAGUCAAUUAGAACAUGAAAAUAGUAUUCAACAUCAUGAAUUGAAUAUCUUCAAUCUUAUUGGUAAUUUUUCUGAAACUGAUGAUCAAAGUAACUACAGUGCUUCUGAAUUAGUCGUUCUUAGCGAAGAAACAAUCGAGCAACAACCAGAAACAAUUGAGCAACAACCAAAAAUAAUUUAUGAUGAAACUGUAGCGGCCAACAACAAUCCAGUAAUGAAGCGAAAAGAGCAACAUGACCAAGAAACAUUUCACACAACAAUCUUGCAAAAUGAUAAUUUCUCUGAAACAAUAGCAAAACGAUUACGUAGUAAACAAAGAAAACGUAUGAAAACUUAA